CACCUGAUCUCCUUCAUGACUCCGCCUUCAGAAAUAUAGUAACCGAAAGCACAAAGUUUCUGUUAAAACUUCUUCUACCCUCCGCUUGCGAUAGAGAAGCUGCCCAGAGCUCACUGCUGUCAAUCACCUAUGUUUAACUGGAAGAUCACAGAAUACGUCCAUGCUCUGCCCUCCUAUCAGAACUUUGUGUUAGAGCCCAGUUCACACUGAAGCUUCAUGGAGCCUCAGAGAGAACCUGGCUGCUGAUGAGCGAGUGGGAAAGAGCCGAUGAUGGAGAGCCUGCUUGUGAAAACAGACGAAACCGGUGCAGUGGGCGGUCAGGAAGAGGAUUUUCCAUUCUAGGAUGGUCAGAGACAGUCUGGACAGAACGUCUGAUCAGAACCAAAAACGGGAGCCAGCAGCUGAGCCACAGAGUCCGAGGCAGAACCCAGAGGAGUCACAUCGACCCGAACGAGCAGCGGAAAAAAUUAACGCAGAAAACAAGGACUCUGCAGGAUCAAAGCUAGACUUUCUGCUCUGGUGCAAACUCAAAUUUGAGGAGGAGUCGGAGUCCUGGAGGCUGCCAGAGACAGGAGCAGAUGCUGACGGCUUGCCCACACACAUCCGUCCAUUCACCAGCUUUGCAGAGUAUCGUCUGGUCAAACUCACCUACCUACAGCUGCAGGAAAGUGGUUUCUACUGGGGGCCCAUGACCAUGGAGGAAGCACACCAAAGACUCAGUCAUGCAGCUCUGGGAACUUUCCUUCUCAGGGAACAGAAGAAGAGGAACAUGGCUGACAUGAUGGAGAACGAUGAGGAGAACCCUACCAAAGCGAAAGACGGCCCCCCCAGCGUUCGUGUCCAGCUGAACAACCUGCUCUUCAGCCUGCAUGGCAGCCAGAAAACUUUCCCUUCGCUGUUCGCUCUGCUUGCCUUCUACACCAGCUCCCCCCUUAGGCUGACUGAGCCCUACCGCAGGCAGCGGCCUGAGCGCCUAAAACAGAUGUGCAGGAGAGCUCUGGUACGAACCUACGGUGCCGAAAGGAUGUGCACCUCACCUGGACUCAGCCCUGAUGUUAAGGCUUAUGUCGGUUGCGUACCCGUACUGUACAUAGACAAACCUGUGGAUGCAGUGCCUUUUACAGCAUUUAGAUGUGAUUUAUUAAGUUAA